AUGUACGGCUUGCGGAUCUUAACGUCAGACCAGCGCGGGGAGCCGCCGACAGUCACAGCGGUCAUACGAGGACAAGGCGAGCUGAUCGCACUUCUGAAAACGGCUGGAUGCGACAUGGACGAGCGUAUGGAGGACGGGAGGACAGGGCUGCAUGUAGCGGGGAUGCUGGGGAGAUCACAGAGCGUCAGGGAGCUGAUAGUGGCGGGAGCAGAGGUAGGAGCGAAGGAUGAAACAGGUAAGACCUUCGUGUAUUGGGCGGCAGCAUACGGGCAUGUAGAGGUGCUGAAGACGGUUGAGAAACAUUGCGGGAAAGAGACUCUGAAAAACAUUGUGCUGGAGACAGACGAUGUCGGAAGCACAUGCGCGCGUGUCGCGAGUGCGGAAGGGCACGUGGAGGUAGUGCGAUACCUCGCUGAGACAUGCGGGGAGGAUCUGCUGAGGGCGACAGACAAUGUUGGCUCUACAUGUGCGCAUGCGGCGAGUGAGAGAGGGCACGUUGAGGUAGUGCGGUAUCUCGCGGAGACAUGCGGGGAAGAGCUGCUGAGGAAGACAAGUAAUAACAGCAGGACAUGUGUGCAUGUAGCGUGUGUGGAAGGGCACGUUGAGGUAGUGCGGUAUCUUGGGGAGACAUGCGGGAAGGAGCUUCUGAGAGAGAAGGACAAUAAUGGCUGGACAUGCGCGCUUCUAGCGAGUUCCGCAGGGCACGUGGAGGUGCUGUGUUAUCUUGAGGAGACAUGCGGGAAGGAGCUGCUGAGAGAAGCGAGAGGAGAUGGCUGGACAUGUGCGCUUGCGGCGAGUGCGGAAGGGCACGUGGAGGUAGUGCGAUACCUCGCGGAGACAUGCGGGGAGGAACUGCUAAGGGAGACAAGUAAUAACAGCAGGUAUCGGACCUGUACGCAUGCGGCAAGACAAGGAGGUCACUCGGAUGUGUUGGAGUACCUCUCAGGCCUGGGUAUCGAGUAG